AUGUGCGGUGGCAGUCUCCUUCCGAGCCGCUCAUCUGCUCCCUCGGCGGAUCCCGCAAGCCCCGACGGCACAGUGGGACCCCAGAACAAAGGUGGCGGGCUCCGGGAGGAACCCGCGUCCCAGCUGCUGCCAGCAUCCCCGGCUCUGCCUCCCGACGGCGGCUUGGUCGCGGUCCCUGACUGCGGAGUCAUGCCCGAGUUCGUGGUGACAGCGCUGCUGGCGCCGUCGCGCCUCUCGCUGAAGCUGCUGCGCGCCUUGGUGAUGUGCCUGGUGUACUGCGCUGCAGUGGUGGUCGCAGCGGUGUAUAGCUGCAUUGCGCUCACCAACGUGCUGUGCCACCCUCGCCGGGGCUGCUGUGGCCUUCCUCGGCCCGCGGCUCCGGACUGCCUAAAGGACCCCACGCUGGGCGAGCACUGCUUCCUGAGCCUCAAGAGCUCAGGUCUGCGUCUGCAUUAUGUCUCCGCUGGCCGUGGCAAUGGGCCCCUUAUGCUGUUUCUGCAUGGCUUCCCUGAGAACUGGUUCUCCUGGCGCUACCAGUUACGGGAGUUCCAGAACCGAUUCCAUGUUGUGGCAGUUGACCUUCGUGGCUAUAGGCCCUCUGAUGCUCCAAAGGAUGUGGAUUGUUACACCACUGAUCUGCUGAUGGCGGACAUCAAAGAUAUCAUCUUGGGCCUGGGUUACUCCAAGUGCAUUCUUGUGAGCCAUGACUGGGGGGCUCUUCUUGCCUGGAAUUUCUCCAUCUACUUCCCAUCCCUAGUGGAGCGGAUGGUGGUGGUCAGUGGAGCACCCAUAUCAGUGUACCAAGACUAUUCAAUCCGACAGAUUGGCCAAUUAGUCCAAUCAAGCUACAUGUUCCUGUUCCAGUUUCCAUGGCUGCCAGAAAAACUGUUGUCUAUGUCUGACUUCCAGAUUCUAAAGACCAUCUUCACCCACCGCAAGAGGGGCAUCCCACACCUGACUCCCUGUGAACUCGAAGCUUUCCUUUAUCACUUCUCACAGCCUGGAGGCCUCACCGGGCCCCUCAACUACUACCGGAACCUGUUCAGGAACUUUCCCCUUGAGCCCCAGGAGCUGUCCACACCUACAUUGCUGCUGUGGGGGGAGAAAGACCCUUACUUACAACAGGGGUUGGUGGGAGCUAUUGGCAGCCGCUUUGUGCCAGGCCGGCUGGAGAGCCACAUUGUGCCAGGCACUGGGCACUGGAUCCCACAGACCCAUCCCCAGGAGAUGCACCAGUACAUGUGGGCCUUCCUGCAAGACCUGCUGGACUAG